AUGGCGGCAACUCCCAGUGAUACUGGCAUGGUCAUGUCGGAUGCGCCAUCGCGCACUUCCAGACGUAACUCACGACCUCGAGCUCCUCUGUCCGAAAGUCUGGCCGCGCCCAGCGACGACGAGGGAGAGGGCUUCGCAGACGAUCAAAUCCCCGGUCGCGCCAGGCGAAACGGACCCCAAGAUGUCCCCCGAGUUGAAGACAGGAUCGGCAUCACGGUCCAGGAGCACUUUGAGAACUUUAUCGAGGAGUUCGUAGAAGAUCCCACAUCCUCGGCCGCUCCAACAUCGAGCGCCGUCACGACGGACAAGUACUAUGUUGCGCAAAUUCACGCCAUGCGAGUCUACCAGCUCUCGACCUUUUACGUCAACUACGACCACAUAUCUGCAUAUCAAAAUGGAGGUCUGGCAAAUGCCAUCAACACACAAUACUACCGUUUUCUCCCCUUCCUCACAAACGCCCUCCACAACAUGAUUGCCAAGUACGAACCGCAAUACUUUCGCGAGCAUCGCCAGCCUACAGUGUCGAGUGGUCAGACAACGUCGGGAGCGAGCAAUGCCGGAUCAGGCACUGCCAGCCAGUCCGAAGCCACGCAGGGCAGCAAGACGGCAAAUCAACAGACCGACAAGCUAUUUGCCAUUGCAUUCUAUAACCUCCCGUUGGUCUCUCGGGUGCGCAGUCUGCGAGCCAAGAAUAUUGGCCAGCUCCUGUCCAUCUCGGGAACUGUCACCAGAACUUCAGAAGUCCGACCCGAGCUGUCGGUUGCAACAUUUGUCUGCGAGGCAUGCCGAUCUGUUGUCCCCAAUGUAGAACAAACCUUCCGCUACACUGAGCCUACUCAAUGCCCCAACUUGCAGUGCAAUAACCGCAUUGCUUGGCAAUUGGACAUACGGCACAGCACCUUUGUGGACUGGCAAAAGGUUCGCAUUCAAGAAAACAGCUCCGAAAUCCCCACUGGAAGCAUGCCGCGAACUAUGGAUGUCAUUCUUCGAGGAGAGAUGGUAGACCGAGCCAAAGCCGGCGAGAAAUGUAUCUUUACUGGCGCCUUGAUUGUCGUGCCAGACGUCUCGCAGCUUGGCCUGCCCGGAGUGAGGCCUACAGCCAUUAGAGACGAUCGAAACGCUCCUCGUGGAAACGAUGUAGGUGGCAGCGGUGUUUCUGGCCUCAAAGCGCUAGGUGUGCGUGAUCUUACAUACCGCCUUGCCUUUUUGGCUACAAUGGUCAACUCGGACACAUCGACUCCAGGAUCCAAUGCACAGCGCCCAGUCCAAGAUAUUAUUGGAUCACUUACGCAGGCGAAUGCCGAGAGUGCCGAGACGGUGGAAGAAGCACAGCAGGCUGUGCUGAGCUCCAUGACGCCGGCCGAGAUUGAUGAGCUGCGUGAAAUGGUCCACAGUGAUCAUAUUUACAGCCGACUGGUUCAGUCGUUGGCUCCAAUGGUUUACGGGCAUGAAAUUGUCAAGAAGGGCAUCCUUCUACAGCUCAUGUCGGGUGUGCACAAGACAACGCCCGAAGGAAUGCAGCUUCGUGGCGAUAUCAAUAUUUGCAUUGUGGGCGACCCGUCAACGUCCAAGUCUCAAUUCCUCAAGUAUGUGUGCUCAUUCGCACCGAGAGCUGUGUACACAUCUGGAAAAGCUUCCUCAGCCGCUGGUCUGACGGCCGCCGUCAUCAAGGACGAGGAAACUGGCGAGUUUACAAUCGAGGCCGGUGCACUGAUGUUGGCUGACAAUGGUAUCUGUGCCAUUGAUGAGUUUGACAAGAUGGACAUUGCCGACCAAGUCGCGAUCCACGAAGCCAUGGAACAGCAGACCAUCUCCAUCGCAAAGGCUGGCAUUCAGGCGACACUGAACGCUCGCACAUCCGUCUUGGCGGCAGCCAACCCCGUCGGUGGCCGUUACAACCGAAAGACGACACUGCGCGCAAACAUCAACAUGUCGGCGCCCAUCAUGUCUCGUUUUGAUCUGUUCUUUGUCAUUUUGGAUGAAUGCAACGACCAGAUUGAUAGGCAUUUGGCGGAACACAUUGUGGGUAUCCACCAGCUCCGCGACAGCGCCAUCGAGCCGGAGUUCAGCACAGAGUGUCUUCAGCGUUACAUUCGCUUUGCUCGUACUUUCCGCCCCGAGUUUACAGACGAGGCCAAGGAACAGCUUGUAAAGCGAUACAAGGAGCUCCGUUCCGAUGAUGCCCAGGGCGGUGUCGGCAAGAACAGCUACCGUAUCACGGUCCGUCAACUGGAAAGUUUGAUCCGACUUUCCGAGGCCAUUGCCAAGGCCAACUGCGUAGAGGAUAUUACUGCAGACUUUGUCGACGAGGCAUUCAUGCUGCUACGCCAGAGUAUUAUUAGCGUGGAGCACGAUGAUGUCGAAAUGGACGACGAUGACGACGACGUGACACCUGAGGAUGCUGCUGAGCUGAUUGCAGCAGCAGAUGCCGCGUCGAGUGCUCAACACCAAGAUGCCGAAGGCGACGAGACCAUGGAUAAUGCCGAUGGCUCUUCUUCGCAAACUCCGGCCGACGGCCAGAAGAAGAAGACGGCCAUCACUUAUGAGAAAUAUAUUGCAAUGGUCAACCAGUUUGUGAGCCGCGUCAAUGAUGACGAGGCGACGGGAGCUGCCCAGGGCGUUGAAGCUGAGCAGCUGCUUGAAUGGUACCUCGAGCAAAAGGAGGAGGAGCUUGAGACUGAGGAGGAUCAUGACCGUGAGCUGACCCUGGCCAAGAUGGUCCUAAAGAAGAUGGUCAAGGACAACAUCCUGAUGGCUGUUCGCGGCAGUGGUCUCGCCUCGGACGAAGGAGACGACGAGGAGGCAGCCGAUGCAAAGGUUGUCUAUGUUUUGCACCCCAACUGUGCAGUGGAGGAAUACUGA